CCGUAGCAACUGGCCUGCAGCACAAGAGUACAGCACGUUUAAAAGAAUACCUAUUGAAAGAUCUAAAAGAGGAUGAGUGUACUUCCCCCUCUACAGCAACAGAAAACAAAGCUACAGGGGGUGCGGUCUUUCCUGGAGUCGAGAACGGAAGCGGAAAUUCGGCCAUCUCCUCGUACAGUCAGGCUACAACAGGUUUUCAUCUCCCUACGCCUGUGGUUUUGGACCCAAUGUUGCCACGGGAAGAAAGAGACAAACUGAGACAUAGCACUCCGUGAAUGAGUGGCUCACGAGCCCGGAAGAAACAAAGAUACGCCGAGAGGAGAGACGCUUAUUCUGCAUCAUUCUUGUGUAACAGAUUGCAAGAGAACUCGACGGCCAGACCGUUGCCAUGUCGACCUCAUCGCUACGGCGACAAGUAAAGAACAUCGUCCACAACUAUUCAGAGGCUGAAAUCAAGGUAAGAGAGGCAACAUCCAAUGACCCAUGGGGCCCCAGCAGCUCUCUGAUGUCAGAGAUCGCUGAUCUGACCUACAAUGUAGUGGCCUUCUCAGAAAUCAUGAGCAUGGUGUGGAAACGCCUCAAUGAUCAUGGCAAGAACUGGAGACAUGUGUACAAGGCUAUGACUCUUAUGGAGUACCUGAUCAAGACAGGCUCAGAACGCGUCGCCCAACAGUGCCGAGAGAACAUAUACGCAGUCCAGACCCUCAAGGAUUUUCAGUACAUAGACAGAGAUGGCAAAGACCAGGGGGUGAAUGUGCGAGAGAAAGCCAAACAGCUUGUGACACUGCUGAAAGAUGAAGAGAGACUAAGAGAGGAGAGAAUCCACGCCCUCAAAACCAAAGAGAAGAUGGCACAGACCUCCAGUGCCUCCUCAGCUCCAUCAGCACCAAGCCUAGGGGGCAGCCUCUCAGCUGGCUCCCACUCAGGAGGGGCAGACCCUGAACAGGCCUGGCCACAGAGCUCUGGAGAGGAAGAUCUGCAGCUCCAGCUGGCAUUGGCCAUGAGUAAAGAAGAGGCCGAGCAGCCUAGCGCGGACCCUCUGGAGGACGCAGAGCUCCGCUAUGCACUCACUCUGAGCAAAGACAUGCAACAAAAGGAAGAGCGAUUGCGCAGGGGUGAUGACCUGAGACUGCAGAUGGCCAUCGAGGAGAGCAAGAGGGAGAAGGCAAAACCAGAGGAGAGCGCUCUGAUGGAGCUGAGUGCUGUCGACCCCUGGGGGGCACCUGCUGCCACCGCCACUGUUGGCUCUGCGGGCCCCUCACCUCCACCCACAGUUCCUCCCCCCACGGCUUCAGGUCCAUGGGGCACCACCGCUGCUGCCCCAGACCCAUGGGGGGUAGCUUCACCCACAUCUCCUACAAGCUCUGAUCCCUGGGGUGGGGGACCCCCGCCAACUAUAGCUCCUCCUCCAGACCCCUGGGGGGAGACGUCCAACAGAGUCAACAACGUGGACCCCUGGGCAAGCUCAGCUGUGACACCCCCCAGUGCCGACCCCUGGGGCCCCCCGGUGCCACCAAGCACUUCCUCCUCGGGGGGGCCAGUAGACCCCUGGGCAGGGGACGGGACUGUCCCUGCCUCUGACCCUAUCACCUCCGACAUCUGGAGUGGCACCGCCAAACACACUAACGGCACAGGAGAUCCAGAGCGACGAGGGUCACCUGCACUGGGCUGUGACAGCACAGGCUCUCCGGUGCCCUUUGACCUAUCAUCUCUCGGUUCUUCACUUCCUGUUCGAAAGACUCCAGAGUCCUUCCUCGGCCCCAACGCAGCGCUGGUAGAUCUCGAUUCUCUUAUAUCAUCUAAACCCAAACCCAAACAGCCGCCGCCUCCCUCCAUCUCGUCCUCCUCUGCGCAUAACCCCUUCUUGCAAAAUACAGGCUCAUCUCCUGCUCCUGGCAUGGCAGUGACUCCAGGCAGCACCAUUUCAAGUAGGGGAGUUUCUCCAAUACCUGCCUCCUCCAAUCCUUUCGGCGUUGCUCCACCCUUGACCUCCAUCUCACCUCAGCCCUCGUCACUGGGUCUGAGCGGCCUGCGCUCCAGUCCUGUGCCUCCCAAUCCCAUGCUGAGCAUGGUGCAACCAGGACUUGGCAUGGGGCCGAUGGGUGUCGGCAUGGGGGCUCCAGGGAUGAUGGGCAUGAUGCAGGCCAGCCCCAUGGGCCUCCCCUACAGCAGCCUCUCACCGAUGGCACCCCCAGGCUCAUCUCUGCUGGGUCCUGGAGGCGCAGCGCCUCCACAGCUGAUUUUGGGUGGGCCUGCUGGAGCAGGAGGAGUGAUGGGGGCAGGAGGAUCAGUGGGAGGUGGAGGAACGACAGGAGCAAGCACCAACCCUUUUCUUCUUUGAGGAAGCGUCACCACUACUUUGCUCACCUGUUUCGACCUCCUCUGUCGUACCUGCUGCCCCCUUUAUUCAUGCCCCCCCCCCCCCCCCCCCCCCCCCCCCAACACAUUUUGUGUCCGAAAAGAAAAUGUGUACAUCUCUAUAUUUAAAGAAAAAAACAAAAAGUCAAAAAUUACGUUUAUCUUUUCCUUCAAAAGCAUUAUUUCAUUUCAGAAUGAUUUUCCACAUUUAGUUCAUUUCAUUUCAGUUUGGGUUGUUUGUGGGAGGGAAAUAGAGAUCUAUUUAUUUUAUUUUAAUUUUCUUUUGUUCUGUAACGUACGUUAUGUUGUUUUUUUCAGUCCUGUCUUGAGAUGAAGGUAAGUCUGUGAGAGAGGGGGGCCUUUUACAGUAGUGUCACUCUCCUCUGGUCUAACAUUUCUGCACUGAGAGACAGAUGGAGGGAGAGGGGAUUAUAGCCACUAACAAACUGAACAGAGAAACUGUCGGUCCUGCCUCUUCCUCUUUUCUCCCUCUCGAAUGAAGUCAAACACUGAAUCUCUGAAAUGAAACCAGUGCAUGAAGGAUGAUUUUUGAUGAACUCCAGACUAAGAUAUGGACUGAAACACCUGCAUUAACAUUUCAGGCACAAUGUGGUCAAAUUAUUUCAACUUCUUCACUUUUAAUUUAAUUUAAUGUUAAAUGUAAUUUAUUUUUUUCCAAUUUUUGGGAACAAAUAAAAAAAAGAGUCACAUGACGAUGCCAUUUAAAUCAAAUGCUUAUUAUUUUCUUUCUGAUUAUUGUAGAAACCUAAAGAGAGCUCUGACAUCUGUGGUGCGAUGGGGAAAAAUGGGAUGUGUUGUUGAAUGCGAGUGUGUGUGAAUGAGAAUGCUCAUUUGUGAGUGUGCAAGUAUGCAAUAGUGUAAAUGCCUGUUUCUGUGUAAGUGUAUCAAUAUCUGUCUCCAUUUUUCCUGUGUCCGAUCCUUUUUCAGUGACUCAGAAAGAAAGAAAGAAAUGACAUCCAAUAUUUUUGUUUUUUAAAAAUGUCACUUGUAUCAUACUAUGUAAUGUUGGGAUUUCAGAUGAGGUAUUAUAAGGGUCACACAUUUCUCUGCCAAUCUUCUAUUUUGAUUAAUCGGAAGCAUUAGGUUUUUGUCCUGCUGCCCCAAUCACACAUUUCAUACGGGAUCCCUGGUGUACAGGUAUCCUAGAGCACCACUGACCUAUGUUUCAUCCCUCUAUGCCUUCAGGAAGGGAGACAUACUGAUGCUUCUUUAAAAAAAAAGACAAUUAAUGAAUGAAAGAAAAAGAAAACAGGGACUUGACGACAUGCUCCAUGCUGUACUUUUAAUUUAGUUUGAUGAAUUUAUUGUUAUUUUAUAUCAACAAGAAAAAUAUCUCUUUUAUCGGGUCAGGUUGAAUUUUGUGUGGUGAUGACUGUGAACAUUCACAUUUGAAAAGCAAAAUGGAAAAAAUCUAAAGGAAUUUAUGAAAUAAAAUAAAAACACAGGAUUUGU